AUGGCUGACGUGAAGGUCAACAUCGACGUGUUUGACCAGCUGGCUGGCAUGUGGCCUUCGGUGGGCGGCGGCGGCCGCGGCGGCGAUGCCAAGCGAGAGGGUGUGCUGCAGGCUCUGAUGAGAACCGAGGCGCGCUUUGCCGGGGAGUUGUCAUCCCUCCCGAAGGGCGACGACAAGACUCAGGCGCAGAAGGGGCAGGGCCGCCAGGCCGCCGCCGCGCCCCUAGCAGCGGAGGCGCUCGAGCCAACGGCCGUUGGAGAGGCCCGCACUGCCGCGGCACCCGGGGCGCCCAUGCCGGCGCCUGCCACGGCCUGCACGCAGGCCCCAGCCCCGAUCCGCCGCAGCCGCAAGCCCGCAGCCCGGCCAGCAGGCGGCGCCGCCGCUCUCUGCCCCGCGCCCGGCCCCGCCUCCCUGCCCGCCUCAGCGCCGGCGGCCACCACCGCCACCACAUUUUCGGCAGGGCCUGGCCCCUCAUCAACCGACGGCCGGUCUGACGACGAGGACGCCGCCGCGGCCGCCGCAGCCGCGUGGUCUUCAGACGCUGAGUCAUUAUCGGCGGGGCCCGACAGCAACGCUGCCGCCGGCCCCGGCCCCGGCUCGCCGCGGCCCUGGGCGCUCGGCGUCCCGCCCGCGGCGGUCGAGGCGGCGGUUGCCAGGGGCCUUGAGGCGCUGUCGUCGGCUGCGGUCGACACGUCCUUCGACGCGGCGGCGCUUGCGGACGCGUGGCUGCCGUUCACGCGGCUCGUCGAGGACGUGGGGGCGCGCGGGGGCGGCGGCGGCGGCGCGUUCACGGAGCAGCAGCUGGAGUCCCUGGCGUCGGCGGAGCUGGGGACGCUGCUGCAGGCGAGCUGGGUGCUGCUGUACGUGCCGCGCGAGGUGCGGGAGUACGCGCCCUCCAUCGACCUGUCCGCGCUGGACGCGGCCGGCUCGCAGCUGGUGGCGGUGACGGGGAGGGUGGUGGCGCUGGGCAAGGUGAAGCACACGCUGCGCAAGCACGGCUGCUGGUUCAAUGCGUCGCUGGAGGUGCCCUCCAUUGAGCCCGGCGAGCCCCCCCACACGGUAAAUGUGAUGCGGUACAUCCCGGGCCGCCCCAGGUGGAUCCUGCCCCGCAUCCAGGCGGAGCGCGACAGCCUCGGCAUCGCCCGCACCCUGGGGCUGCCGGUGCAGCUGCGCUGCCGGCUGCAGCGCGGCCAGACCGGCGGCCUGGCUGCGGCGCUGUCCAGCCCGGAGCCCUCGCUGUCAGUGGUGGGCAACACGGCCGCGCCUUCUGCGGGCUACGUCAACAUCCCGGGCGCGCACGAGCAGCAGCAGUGGGAGCAGCAGCAGCAGCAGCAGCAGCAGCAGCAGGUGGAGCAGCAGCAGUGGCAGGUGGAGCAGCAGCGGCUAGAGCAGCAGGAGCGGCAGGAGUGGCAGCAGCAGCAGCAGCACCAGCACCAGCACCAGCAGCAGCGGCCGUUCAUUGAAUUGAUCUAUCCGAAAUGCAAAAAGCUUGAGCCGGCAGACAUGGCCAGCCCCGACGGCCCCGCGGCACGCGCGCUGGGCGUGGUGGGCGCGCUCCAGGGCACCGCUGGUGCAGCGGACCCGCUGCCGGCCGAGGUGCUGCGGCGUUUGGGUUUGAUGGGGUGGAUGGACGCGCUGAGGGCGCUGCACGUGCCGGCCAGCGCUGAGGAGCACCAGCGGGCGCGGGAGCGGCUGGCGUUCCAGGAGAUGUUUUUGGGCCAGCUGGCGGCCAUGUUGGAGCGCAGCCGCCUCACCGCCGCGCCGCAGGGGCCGGCCCCGACGCGGCGGCCGGCGCAGCAGCCGGAGGAGGUGCAGGAGGGGGGUUCUGGCGAGGGAUGGCGUUUGGCGAUAACGCGGUUGCAGGCCAUGUCGGCGGCGAGCAAGGCGCUGCCCUACACCCUCACCGCCUCUCAGUCACGGGUGCUGCAGGAGAUCCUGUCAGACCUGGCGGGGCCUGGCGUCAUGAUGCGCCUGCUGCAGGGUGACGUGGGCUGCGGCAAGACCGUGGUGGCUGUGCUGGCCAUGAUGGCCGCCUCGGGCUCUGGCUACCAGGCCCUCCUCAUGGCCCCCACUGAGCUGCUGGCUGAGCAGCACUACGCAACGCUGGUGUUCAUGGCCGAGAACAUGCCUGUGGCGCAGCGGCCCCGCGUCUCGCUCCUCACCAACUCCCUCAAGCUGAAGGAGCGCAAGGCGCUCUCUGCGCGCAUCGCUGCGGGCGGCGUCGACCUGGUGGUGGGGACGCAGGCGCUGCUGCAACAGCAGUGGAGCCGGCUGGGGCUCGUGGUCAUCGACGAGCAGCACAAGUUUGGUGUGAAGCAGCGCGAGCAGCUGGCGCGCAACGUGGGCCACCCGGUGCACACGCUGCUGAUGACGGCGACGCCCAUCCCCCGCACCCUGGCGCUCGUGCAGUACGGCUCCCUGGUGCUCAGCACCAUCAACGAGAUGCCCCCCGGCCGCAGCCCCAUAGCCACGCGUGUUGUGGUGGACGACGCGCACGGCCGCGAAGAGGUGCGGCGCGGCGGCACGGCAGCGCGCGGCGCAGCGCUGGCUCGCGCACGGCGGCCCGAGGCUGGGGUGUCCGCCGCUGCCUCGGGCCAGCCUAGUGUGUAUGACGUCAUCAGGCAGGAGCUGGCAGCUGGCGGGCGCGUCUACAUCGUCUGCCCGCUCGUCCUGAGCACCGCCGCCAACGCGGCGCGCGGCGGCGGCAGCAGCGACAGCAGCAGCAGCGGCGGCGGCAAAGGCAGCAGCAGCGCCGCCGGCGGCGGGGAGGCUCAGGACUGCAAGGGCGCGGCCGGCGACCCGCGGCGGACUGUGAUGGACGAGUACGCGCGGCUGUCGCGCGCCAACGUGUUUGGCGCGGAGCACAGGGUGGGGCUGCUGCACGGGCGCAUGUCAGGGGACGAGAAGGCGCGCGCCCUGCAGCAGUUCUCCAGCGGCGAGACCCCAGUGCUGAUAGCCUCCACUGUGGUGGAGGUCGGGAUCGACGAGCCCGAGGCCUCGGUCAUGCUGGUGGAGAACGCGGAGUGCUUCGGCAUGGCGCAGCUGCACCAGCUCCGCGGCCGCGUCGGGCGCGGCGCGCGUCACAGCAGGUGCUUCCUGAUGGCCCCUGACGGCGACAAGGCGGCGCUCGCGCGGCUGGCGGUGAUGGAGCGCAGCCACAACGGGCUGCACAUCGCCGAGGCCGACCUGCAGACCAGGGGCCCCGGAGACCCGUUCGGCAUCAAACAGUCGGGCAGCCGCGGCGGCCUGUCCGCGCUCUGCAUGCAGGAGCUGAAGCGGACGCCGCAGCUCAUGGAGCACGCGCGCGCGGCCGCGGCGGAGGCCCUCAGCUCGCAGCGCCUCACGCCGCAGCUGAAGGCGGCGCUGCUGGCGUACGGCUUCUGGACGGCGGACGCGCCGAGCAGCGGCGUUGGGGCAGGGGACGGGGUAGACGGCGGCGGCAACAGGCGCGGCAGCGGCAAAGCUGGUAUUAGUGGGGCGUGA